CUUCACGCUAGCAUGAUGUUUGUGUUUCACAACUGCGUCGCGCUGUAGUGACGUAGCUGUGCCUAAUAACCCUCUCGGCGCACUGAGCGCAGCUGAUCAUGGCGGCGCUGCUGAGAGGACUGCGAGCUGGAAGGGCACUGAGGGGGCUGGGCAGAGUGGUGACCGCACCAACAGCGACAAACUCCCAGUGCGGCAGCCUGAGACGAAGCUUCCACCGUGCAGCACUGAGGCUUCAGGAUGAAUCCAAAUCUGACAAACCCCCUCCCUCCUCAUCCACAACCUACCAUGAGCACUACCAGGCUCACCCUGCUGAACAGGACACAGCAGCAGCAGCCUCCCAGGAGACUCAAGACUCAACAUCUGACCCAGAAGCUGAGGAGGCUGCCAGGCCAAACACCAGUUACCAGGACCAGGGCGGAGAGCAGGGCGAGGAAUACGAAACAGAGGAGCAGCUUCAGGCUCGAAUCCUGACUGCUGCUCUGGAGUUCGUCCCACUGCACGGCUGGUCCAUGGAAGCCAUUGCGGCCGCUGCUGAGACACUGGGCCUGUCCUCUGCUUCCACUGGUAUGUUCUAUAACGGAGCUGGAGACUUGGUCCUACACUUCGUCGCCCAGUGCAACUCACAGCUGACUGAGAUCCUGGCUGAACAACACAACCAGGUCCAGCUGGGCCAGGCCGAACCAAAGAAAACUGCUGACUUUCUAAGAGAUGCUGUAGAGACCAGACUGAGGAUGCACAUCCCCUACAUUGAAUCUAUGCCCACAGGUAUAGCGAUGAGCAUCCUGCUCCUUCCUCACAACAUCCCAGACAGCCUGAAACACCUCUCCACCCUGGUGGACGACAUGUGGUACUACGCCGGAGACCGAUCCACAGAUAUGAACUGGUACACCAAACGGGCAGCGCUGACGGGCAUCUAUAACACCACAGAGCUGGUGAUGCUGCAGGAUUCUUCUCCAGACUUCCAGGGACACCUGGGACUCCUUGACAACCGCAUUCAGGAUGUAGUCACCAUGGCCACCACCGCCAAAACAGGCACAGUCGACUGGUGAAACAGUGGUGCAGGGGCUCAUGGGAGCUGCUGUACACUGAAGAACCUCGCAGGACUGAACCAGAGGCGGUGAUGGAAACAUCCCUCACUCUCACUGAUCCUGACUGCCUGGCUUGUGUCAUGAGCUGAAGAUCAAUUUUCUUUUGGCUCAUAUUUCUGGUUAACUGUAAGAGUCUGAAAAAAUAAUGAUUAUAUUUCUGUUCACCUGGUAAACCAGUGGCUUGUCUUGUUUUGUUUCACACUGCAAGAUUUCGCUCUCCUGCUCAGAUUAUUUUUUCCCUUUGGACACCAAUGAUCUGUCUUUUUUUUGGUUGGAUCGAGACUUCAAUAAAAUAGUUAUAUAUUGUGUA